UAUGUGGUCAACGCAGACGGUGAGGCUCGACGUCUGUCCGGAACACCAGUGGUCCCUCAGCGCAAACGCAUUACACGGCAAUCGGUCCAGAAUCAUGUGGACUCCAAGCGUUGGCGUUAUGCAUCCCCGACUAUUUUGGUUCCCGACUCAGUCAAAAAAGCCGGUCCGAGUCCAUGGGAUGCGUUUGAUGAGGCUCAGGAUCCAGCAGACUCCAGUCUGUUAGAUCCCACAUGGCGCAUUUCGGAUUUAUCCAUACAAAAUGAAGAUACUCUCAGCGAGUUGCCUUCCGAUUUGCAUAGGAAUCCUCACUCCGGUCCCGGCACUCGUUGUAAAUGUCGUGGGGAAUGUUUGAAUCGUUGUAGUUGUCGUCGAGCUGGUCACGAGUGCACCGCCGGACAUUGUCGUUGCGUGUUGGGUAAGUGUCAAAACCGUGGAUCUGCCACAAAGCAGGCCGAUGCGAACAUGGGACCUCCAGUCGUAGUUCCUUUGGGACAGAAGAACAAGCGACGCAAAACCGAAACUGCUCUGAAUCAAAUUCAAGAAUCUACGGUCGCGGUCAGCGGGGCCGUACAGCACGUUCCCCCGGAAACAAAAGCUUUGCUCAAUCGUACAUUCGAUCUGGAGCCAGAUGAAAAUCGUACUCCCGAUGCUCCACAUGCUGAUCUUUUAGAAGCCUCGGUGCCUCUAGUUGACAUUGGAGGAAAAUUGCUAUGGCCCAAAACUCGACUCUCCUAUUUCCCGAGUCCAAGUUUGCGAGCCGACAUGUGA